GGGGAACUGCGCAGGCGCCGGCGCCACGUGGUUCGCGCAGGAGCCCCUCCGUUCCCAUCAUGCUGCUCCAGAGCUCCUGGGCUGUGCUGCUCCUCGGCGCCACUGCUGGGUUUUUGGGGUGGCUGGGCCUUGCUGCCCUCCCAGAGAAGGAGGAGCUCUGGGAGACCUGGAUGAGGUCAGCACUGGAGGAGACCCCCGUGGCCCAGCUGGUGCAGGACAUCUCCCGCCGGAUGGGGAACCUGAGCAGCCGUGGGGCUGCAGAGCUCCGGGGUGGACACCAGGUUGUCCCACCCAGCCUCCACCAGGAGCAGGAAAGACCUCGGGGUGUUCAUCCCCAGCCAGAGAGCAUCCUGCUCCUUCAGGAGGUGAUGGAGAAGCUGCAGAGGGUCAACCAGAGCCUGGAGCUGAUGCUGACAGCCUUGGAAGAUGCACGAAGCCGGCUGGAAAAGCACCUGGAGCACCUCAAAUCCAUCCCUGCCCCGGAUGGUCAGAGCCAAAGUGUCACCUCCUCCUGCAUCCCGCACGGCUCAUACUUGGCACUCCUGGUUCUCCCGCUGGUGCCGCCGCCAUUCCGGCCCAUCCUUCUCCUCCUCUUCCUCGCUUCCCGUGCCCUCGGCGUUCCAGCAACCUCCACUCUCCUGGUCCUUGCUGCAGCAGGGCAUUGGGUGGCAUCCGCCUGCCGCGGUGCCGGAAGGAUCUGGCCAGUGGUUCCACAGGAAAAGGCUCGGUACCGGCUCACCUCCACCCCGGAGAGGGAAUGCGACAUGGAGCUGCUGCAAGAGGAGCUGGACAGGAUGGAGAUGAGCUGCCUGCAAAGUGAGAGGUGCCCACAAGAGCCCUCGCACCUGGAGCAGCCCCAAGAGGUGGCCGGGGACAUUCCCAAAUUCACAGGGCAGGUGUCACCCAACCCUGGUGGCCAGAGGACAGCACCGAGCCCGUGUGAGGUGACACCGGAGCCGGUCAUGGAUGCUGGGAAGCUCUGGGAGCCCAAACCCUGCAGCCCGAGGGCCAACAUGUCCCCGUGCCUGGGGCUCACCAGGGCUGGGCAGCGGUGCCGGAAGAAGGCGAUUCCUGGGCUGGAAUUCUGCCACAUCCACACCACUGGCAGUAGCUUGGCCAUGGAUUCAUCCCCCCGUUUUUGACCCUCUACCCCCUCCCUGAGGGGUUUUUAAUCC